ACCAAGCGCAACCGAACCAACUCAUUAAUUGAAGGAGAAAAAAUCAUCGAAAACCCUAAAGAAGUCUUUAGAAGCAAUAUAAUCGCUACGAAAGCCAACCGAACCGAAAAGUGAAGCUCUCUUCUUCUUAACCCCAAAGAAGACGCAACCAAAUACUAAAAGGUGCUGAGAUGUGUCUGUUGAUUGCUUCUGGUCUAUGGGUUCCUGCGACAUACUGAGUGUGUUGUUCGGUUUAGGUGUUUGGUGCAUUGCUUAUAUAUCAGUCGCCGUCUUUGCAUCUUUUAGAAUCAUUCACUCUCUUUGCUCUAUUUGAGGUUUUUUUUUUCUGGAAGAUUUUGCUUUGUUACAAUGGGUUAUGCUCAGCUCGUUAUCGGUCCAGCAGGCAGCGGAAAGUCAACGUAUUGCUCAUCUUUGUAUGAACACUGUGAAACGGUCGGCAGAACAAUGAAUGUUGUUAACUUGGAUCCUGCUGCUGAAAUCUUCAACUAUCCUGUGGCUAUGGAUAUCAGAGAACUUGUUUCUUUGGAAGAUGUAAUGGAGGAGCUUGGGCUUGGUCCUAAUGGUGCCCUCAUGUACUGCAUGGAAUACCUUGAGGAUAGCUUACAUGAUUGGGUGGAUGAAGAAUUGGACAACUACCGAGAUGAUGAUUACCUUAUAUUCGAUUGUCCAGGCCAGAUAGAACUGUUUACACAUGUUCCUGUGCUCAAGAACUUUGUGGCGCAUUUGCAACAGAAGAACUUCAACGUCUGUGUUGUUUAUCUGCUUGAUUCACAGUUCAUAACAGAUGUCACCAAGUUUAUCAGCGGUUGCAUGUCGUCUCUCUCUGCAAUGAUCCAGCUUGAAUUACCACACAUCAACAUCCUCUCAAAGAUGGAUCUCUUGCAGGAUAAAAGCAACAUUGAUACCUACUUGGAUCCGGAGCCUCGCACAUUGUUGGCAGAGUUAAACCAAAAGAUGGGUCCUCGAUAUGCGAAAUUGAACAAAGCUCUGAUUGAGAUGGUGGGAGAAUAUGGGAUGGUGAAUUUCAUACCCCUUGACAUAAGGAAAGAACGAAGUAUUCAGUAUGUUCUGUCCCAGAUUGAUGUCUGCAUCCAGUUUGGAGAAGACGCUGAUGUUAAGAUCAAAGAUGAGGAUGAAGAUUUUGGUGAUGAUCAGUAAUUUGUUACUCUGUUUCACGGACGCUUUUCGUAAAACUUCUAAACAAUCUUGGUCUUGUCAAAAAGGCCAAUGAACUUGUGAGAACUAUCUUAUUGCUGAAUAUCAAACCUUAACUAGUGAGUGAUUUCCAACUACUAGGAAUUUCUCCACGCAGACAUUAAUACCAAAUCAGCCGCACUUCAUC